UCUCAGCAUCGCUCACCUUCUGCAGGAGGCUGCUUCAUUUCUCCUCCACUGGCCCCGAUCAGCACACAUCUACCCACUCCACGACUCUGAGCCGGGAUUUCUCUGUCUCGCUUGUGCAUGGAUAUCGCUGUGCAUUUAAGGAUUUCUCACAGCUCAUGUGACUCAAAUCUGAGGCUGGUGAAAGUAAAACAUUGUGAAAAACCGGGACUCCAAGUGGUUUUGUAGGUUUGUGGGAAGCAGCUGUUCUGCUGGCUUUGGACAUGGACCCGUGCGUCCGCCGUGAGGGAUCCGGUGCAGGAGGAAGAGCGUGCACUUGAAGGAGGAAAAGCCCGUGUACGGGAGUUUUUACUUUUGUUCACUCUCUCACACACACUCGCGUUCUCUCUCUCCACCUGGAAGGGGAACGCAGAGUUUUACGCACCAGAAUGAUGCGCCCUCACCGCGGCUUCAUCCUGCUGCUCCUCAACGGAACCGCUUGUUUGAUUGCACUGGGUCAAGAAGAUGACUCCUCCAGCCCGAAGAGCUCUUUAGAUGUCUCUUCCAAGACAGUUGGCCUCCUGAGCGGGCAGGCGCCCCUCUCGCCCCUCAGUCGCUGGAUGAUUCACAGUAAAAGCAGGGCGGCCAAUGCCACCUCCCUGGAGCUGCCUUACCGCUCCCCAAUCCCUUUCUCGAAGCAGGAGUUUUCAAAACAGGAGUUCUGGGAGAUGUUGGGCAGUGAUCUCCUCAAACCUGAUUCCUCCAGCUCCAGGGUCAAACGUCGACCCAUUGUUAAAACUGGUAAAUUCAAGAAGAUGUUUGGCUGGGGGGACUUUUAUUCCAACAUCAAAACAGUGCGGCUUAACUUGAUGAUCUCCGGCAAGAUUGUGGACCAUGGUAAUGGCACAUUUAGCGUCUACUUCCGCCACAACUCCACAGGCCAGGGCAACAUCUCAGUUAGCUUGGUGCCACCGGUUAAGGCAGUGGAGUUUGAUCUGGAGCGCCAGAGUGUGGUCUACCCCAAGGACUCAAAGAUCUUCAACUGCCGUGUGGACUACGAAAAGGUGGAUCGCAAGAAGCGCACCUCGCUUUGCAAUUAUGACCCAUCCAAGACCUGCUUCCAGGAGCAGAUUCAGAGUCAUGUUUCCUGGAUUUGUUCUAAGCCUUUCAAGGUCAUCUGUAUCUAUAUUUCCUUCUACAGUACGGACUACCGCCUGGUACAGAAGGUUUGCCCGGACUAUAACUACCAUAAUGAGAUGCCGUACCUGCCAUCAGGCUAAAAGACAUAUAGGGGGACAAGAGGUGGGAGAGGAG